AUGAAAAUCGCCGCGAAUGAAAUCCACAACGGAUUCGCCUUUGAAGAAAUCCCAGAAAUUCAGCAGUUGCCGCAUCACACCACCACACACCAUGUCUCGACUCGGGAAGUGAGUAUUUUUACACGCAAAAAUUCCCCUGAUCUGUCUCUAACGAUCUUCUCAAAUUACAGCAACGCCGACUGGGCCGACGAUGAUGAGUUCGAGGAUACUCUUCCUGCGAACCAGAUUAUUGAAAACAAAGAUGGCACCAAGACCGUCAUCUCCUACCGCUUCAACGAUGAGAACAAGAAAGUGAAGGUCACCCGCCGCAUUAAGUCCACCGUCGUCCGCGAACACGUCAACCCCCAGGUCGCUGAGCGCCGGUCGUGGGCCAAGUUCGGCCUCGAGAAGGGCCACGCGCCUGGCCCCUCUUUCGAUACCACAUCCGUCGGCGAGAACCUCAUUUUCCGCCCCAGCACGAACUGGAAGGCUCAGGCCGCUGAGGUCGAGAAGAACGGUGGCGAGCAGGGCAGCAUGAAGGACCAGCUCAAGGACAAGAAGGUCAAGUGUCGUAUUUGCAGCGGCGAGCAUUUCACAGCCCGCUGUCCCUUCAAGGACACCAUGGCCCCUGUCGAGGAGGCUACUGGUGGUGCGGAUAUUGGUGUGGACGAUGCUGGUGCUGCUGGUGGCUUGGGUGCUGGUUCCUCCAGCUACGUUCCUCCUCAUAUGCGGAAGGGCGGUACUGCUGGUGGCGAGAAGAUGGGCGGUCGCUUCGAGAAGGACGAUCUGGCUACUCUCCGGGUUACAAACGUCAGCGAGUUGGCAGAGGAACAAGAGUUGCGGGAUCUCUUCGAGCGGUUCGGCCGUGUCACCAGAGUCUUCCUUGCCCGGGACCGCGAAACCCAGCGGGCCAAGGGCUUUGCGUUCAUCAGCUAUGCGGAUCGGGGCGAUGCGGCUCGCGCCUGCGAGAAAAUGGACGGCUUCGGUUACCGCCACCUUAUCCUUCGCGUCGAGUUCGCCAAGCGCACUACUUAG